AUCCAAGGCAACGUAUGUUUUGUGUCAUCCAGAUUUUUUUUAUUGUCGGUUUGAAAUUGCAAUGCAGUGGCCGAGCCGAAAUGUGCAAAUGGGGGGCAUUUUACACCCCGCCAAAGCGAAUUACAGCCCGGAAACGCAUCAGUUUUUGAGAGUGCUGAUGGAUGAAAGCAAGCUAACAAUGAUGCAGCGCAAAAAAUUCGAUUAUUGCCUCCGCAACGGUGAACCUUUACCUCUACCAACAAAUCGCAGUUGUGAUUCCAUCACACCUCGAAAAAAACCACCCAAGGUUUUGAUUCGUCCCGGAACUUCCAAACGUCGCAGUUUGGAUACCAUCCACAAAUCUGGUGCCUACGAAAGAGAGAAAUUUGUUCCACGUGGACCGAAAAUCGAUAGAGAAAAGGAGAAAAAUCGCUUACAAAAUAAAAUGGCAUUUGGGAAAGAAGUUGAACCGAAGCCAUCGAGAAAAACGAAGAAACCACCAGAAACCGAAGAAACUUUUAAUAGAUUUGAUCAACUUGUACAUGAAAUUAAAGAAAGGGAGGAGUGGCUCAAACAAAUGGAAGAACUCGGUGUAGGGAAAAAGCACAAGCUGGUGAUUCAGCAGCAAAUACAAGCAAGGGUUAGAGAGAUGGAGAAGUUGAAGAUUGGAGAUUGCAAUACUUUACAAUAAAAAUGUGUAUUUUAUUUUGUUUCUUGCACGAAAUUUUGCUGAUUUACAAAAUAAAUUUAAUUUGGCUGAA